GGAAAAGUUCUGAGAGAAGCUACUCAAAGGAAAGGAGUGGCCAUUGCAAGAGAAGCCCAGCAGGAUGCUUCCCUUUUAUUAUUUGGAUUCCCUUUCUCUCCUCUUCCACCAGGGAACUCCCCAGGAGGCUGAUGUCAAUGAUCUCAGAGAGAAAGCUUGUACAAUUUGAGUAGACACCAUGGAGUACAUGGAUUGCUCAUCUCAGAAGCUCACCAAAAGUGAUUCAAUACAUCACAUGAGCCACUCCCAGAUGCGGCCAGAGCUGCCCCCUUUGCCUGCUUCUGCUAAUGAGGAACCAUCUGAACUGUAUCAGACUGUCAUGUCACACAGCUUUUAUCCUCCCUUGAUGCAACGCACAUCAUGGACACUGGCUGCCCCCUUCAAAGAGCAGCACUACCACCGUGGACCCAGUGACUCCAUUGCCAACAAUUACUCCUUGAUGGCCCAAGACCUGAAGCUGAAAGACAUGCUGAAAGUCUACCAAUCAGUUACCAUCAAUGUCCCUAGGGACAAGACCAAUCACGCACCACUAUCAGCAACUAAAAUGUCAUCAGAGCCCAACAAGAAGAAAAUGAAGUUGUCCUCCAGAGACAAAGAGGAUCCCACUAGGAUCAAGUCUGCUGCCAACAGCUCAGUCUCUUUACUCAUAAAGAAGGAGACAGAGACAUCUUCGGUCUUCCCAGGAAGUAGACCAAUGAGUCCAGAACAACAAAUGAAUGUGAUGUUACAGCAGGAGAAGGAAAUAGAAAGUAGAGAAAGCACACCGUCUCAAUCAGACCUGGAGAGAUACUACUACUAUCUGACCAAUGGAAUCCGAAAAGACAUGAUUGCCCCUGAGGAGAAUGAGGUGAUGGUCCGGAUUUCAAAGCUGAUUUCUAACACACUGCUGGCAAGUCCCUCCCUGGAACCCCUAAUGACCGCCCUGGUGGAAGAGAAGGAAAAUGACUACUACAGCAGCCUCAUGAAAAGCAUUGUUGAUUACAUCCUCAUGGACCCAAUGGAGAGAAAAAGGCUCUUCAUCGAGAGCAUCCCUCGCACUUUUCCUCAAAGAGUGAUCCGCGCACCUGUGCCCUGGCACAGUGUCUACAGGAGUGCCAAGAAGUGGAACGAGGAUCACCUGCACACAGUGAACCCCAUGAUGCUCAGCCUGAAAGAACUGUGGUUUGCAGAAUUUAAAGACCUCAGGUUUGUUCGAACAGCAGAAUUACUGGCAGGAAAAUUGCCUUUGCAGCCUCACGAGUAUCGGGAUGUGAUCCGGAAACACUGCCUGGAGGCACGCCAGAUUCUACUCAACAAGUGGAUUCCCACCUGCGCCCAGCUUUUUGUCUCACAGAAGGAAAAGUGGGUCCAUUUCGCUCCCAAGAGUGACUACGACUCUUCCCGAAACAUUGAGGAAUAUUUUGCUUCUGUUGCAUCAUUCAUGUCACUCCAGCUCAGAGAGUUGGUCAUUAAGUCCAUUGAAGACCUUGUAUCUUUUUUCAUGAUUCACAAGGAUGGGAAUGAUUUUGAGGAACCCUACCAAGAGAUGAAAUUCUUUAUACCUCAGCUAAUCAUGAUCAAAGUUAAAGUCGAUGAACCCAUAAUUGUCUUUAAUCCAUCUUUUGAUAACUGCUGGGAAUUAGUACACAACUCUUUAUUGGAAAUUAUUAAGAACUCUGAAGGGAUCCCCAAGGUGGAAUCUAUCCUAUUCCCAGAAUUGAAAGGAUAUAACCUCAUCCUUGGAACUGUUGACCCUGAAGAAAAACUUGUUUCUGAUUUUGUAAAUCAAACUUUUGAGAUAUUUCAGAAAAAUCAAGUUGGCCCCUACAAAUACUUAAAUGUAUACAAAAAGUAUGAUGACUUAUUGGAUAACACAGCAGAGCAAAACAUCACUGCAUUCCUGAAAGAAAAUCAUGAAAUUGAUGAUUUCGUGACGAGAAUCAAUAGCAUUAAAAAACGGAGGAACGAAAUUGCAUCCAUGCCCAUUACUGUGCCUUUAGCUAUGUUCUGCCUGGACACCAUGUUCCUGAACUAUGAUCUCUGUGAGCGAGCCCAAAAUCUGAAAGACCGCCUGAUUCAUUUCCAAGUGGAUGUAAACCGGGAAACAAAUACCAGCAUUUGUAAUCAGUACAGCACCAUCGCAGACAAAGUCAGUGAGGUUCCCGCCAACACUGAGGAACUGGUAUUCCUCAUUGGAUUCUUAAAGAAAUCCAGCGAUGUCACUGUGUUCAAACUCAGGAGGCAACUUAGAGAUGCAGCGGAAAGGCUAGAGUUCCUGAUGGACUACGCAGACUUGCCCUCAGAGGAUAUCAAACUGAACAGCACUCUGUUCCUCUGGCCAGACCAGAUUGAAGAUAUCUUCGAUAACAGCCGGAACCUUCUCCUAAACAAGAGGGAUCAGGCAGAGAUGGACCUGAUUAAAAGGUGCUUGGAGUUUGAGUCAAAACUUGAGGGCUACAACAAGGAACUGGAAGGCUUCAGGAAGCGUGAAGUGAUGACUACUGAAGAAAUGAAGAACAAUGUCGAAAAGCUUAAUGAGCUUUCCAAGAAUCUAGAUCAGGCGCUGGUGGAAUUUGAGUUGAUCAAUAAGGAAGAAGAGCUUUUGGAAAAGGAGAAGAGUACUUUCCCUCUUCUGCAAACCUUGAUGACCAACAAAGUGCCUUAUGAGCAACUGUGGGUGACAGCCUAUGAAUUCAGCACCAAAUCAGAGGAGUGGAUGAAUGGGCCCCUCUUUUUACUGAAUGCUGAGGAAAUUGCUGAAGACAUAGGGAAUAUGUGGAGGACGACAUACAAAUUGAUCAAGACCUUAGCUGAUGUACCUGCACCCAAACGUUUAGCAGAGAACAUGAAAAUUAAGAUUGAUAAGUUCAAGCAGCACAUUCCUAUCCUCAGCAUUUCCUGCAACCCAGGAAUGAAGGACCGGCACUGGCAGCAGAUCAGUGAGAUUGUUGGCUAUGAAAUAAAGCCCACAGAAACGACUUGCCUCUUGAAUAUGCUGGAAUAUGGAUUCGGCAAAUACAUUGAAAAACUGGAGCCCAUUGGUGCAGCCGCCAGUAAGGAAUAUUCUCUGGAGAAAAACUUGGAGAAAAUGAAGUUAGACUGGGUUAACAUGAAUUUCAACUUCGUGAAGUACAGGGACACUGAUACAAACAUCUUAUGUGCAGUUGAUGAGAUUCAACUGCUCCUCGAUGAUCAUGUGAUAAAGACCCAGACAAUGUGUGGCUCCCCAUUCAUCAAACCAAUAGAAGCAGAAUGCCGGAAAUGGGAAGAAAAGCUAGUUCGUGUGCAGGAAAAUUUGGAUGCUUGGUUGAAAUGCCAAGCCACCUGGCUGUACCUGGAACCAAUCUUCAGUUCAGAGGACAUCAUAGCCCAGAUGCCAGAAGAAGGCAGGAAAUUUGGCGUUGUUGAUAGUUAUUGGAAAUCACUCAUGUCCCAAGCGAUAAAAGAUAGCAGAGUUCUGAUGGCAGCAGACCAGCCACGAAUGUCUGAGAAGCUUCAAGAAGCCAACCUUUUGUUGGAGGACAUCCAGAAGGGGCUGAAUGAUUACUUAGAGAAGAAGAGAUUAUUUUUCCCCAGGUUCUUCUUCCUGUCAAAUGAUGAGCUGCUGGAGAUCUUGUCUGAGACAAAGGAUCCCCUCCGAGUGCAGCCACACUUGAAGAAAUGCUUUGAAGGAAUCGCCAAGCUGGAUUUUACUAGCAGUCUGGAAAUCGUGGGCAUGAUCAGCUCAGAGAAAGAAACUGUCCCAUUCAUACAAAAAAUCUACCCAGCUAAAGCCAAAGGGAUGGUGGAAAAAUGGCUCCAGCAGGUGGAACAGGUCAUGCUUGCCAGUAUGCGGGAUGUUAUUGGACUUGGGAUUGAAGCAUACGUCAAGGUUCCUCGUAAUCAGUGGGUCUUGGAGUGGCCGGGCCAGGUGGUUAUCUGUGUCUCUUCCAUCUUUUGGACCAAAGAGGUGUCUGAAGCCCUGGCUGAACAUACUCUACCGAAUUUUCUGGAAAAGAGCAAUGAGCAGAUUGCACAGAUAGUCCAGCUGGUGCGAGGGAAGCUGAGCAGUGGAGCUCGACUCACUCUCGGGGCUCUCACGGUCAUCGAUGUCCACGCUCGGGAUGUAGUGGCCAAGUUAUCUGAGAAUGGGGUCUCUGACCUGAACGAUUUCCAGUGGAUCUCGCAGCUGCGCUACUACUGGCAGGCCAAGGAUGUGCAGGUGCAAAUGAUAACUACCGAAGCCUUGUAUGGCUAUGAGUACCUGGGAAACUCCCCCCGGCUGGUGAUCACACCCCUCACUGACCGCUGCUACAGGACGCUUAUGGGAGCUUUGAAGCUGAACCUUGGGGGAGCCCCAGAGGGUCCAGCUGGAACGGGAAAGACAGAAACCACCAAAGAUCUGGCCAAAGCUUUGGCCAAGCAGUGUGUGGUCUUCAACUGUUCUGACGGCUUGGAUUACAAAGCCAUGGGGAAGUUCUUCAAGGGCCUGGCCCAGGCUGGAGCAUGGGCCUGCUUUGAUGAAUUCAACAGAAUUGAGGUAGAAGUGCUAUCUGUGGUAGCUCAGCAGAUUCUCAGCAUUCAACAGGCCAUUAUCCGGAAGCUGAAAACGUUCAUCUUUGAAGGCACUGAGCUCUCUUUGAACCCAACCUGUGCUGUCUUCAUCACCAUGAACCCCGGAUAUGCUGGCAGGGCUGAGCUGCCAGAUAACCUCAAGGCCUUGUUCCGGACAGUGGCCAUGAUGGUGCCAGAUUAUGCCCUCAUUGGAGAAAUCUCUCUCUACUCUAUGGGGUUUCUGGACUCUAGAAGUCUUGCCCAGAAGAUUGUGGCAACCUACCGCCUGUGCUCAGAACAACUCUCCUCUCAGCAUCACUAUGACUACGGCAUGCGUGCCGUCAAGUCUGUGCUCACAGCUGCAGGAAACCUGAAGCUCAAGUAUCCAGAGGAGAAUGAAAGUGUCUUGCUGCUCCGGGCCUUGCUUGAUGUCAACCUGGCCAAGUUCUUAGCCCAAGAUGUCCCUCUGUUUCAGGGAAUUAUAUCAGAUUUGUUUCCUGGAGUUAUUCUUCCAAAGCCAGACUAUGAAGUUUUUAUGGAAGUGCUGAAUGAAAAUAUCAAAAAGAUGAAACUUCAGCCAGUCCCUUGGUUUAUUGGGAAAAUUAUCCAGAUCUAUGAGAUGAUGCUGGUAAGACAUGGCUAUAUGAUUGUCGGAGACCCCAUGGGUGGCAAGACCUCUGCUUAUAAAGUAUUGGCCGCAGCUCUGGGUGAUUUAUGUGCAGCCAGCCAGAUGGAGGAGUUUGCCGUGGAGUACAAGAUCAUCAACCCCAAGGCUAUUACAAUGGGGCAGCUAUAUGGGUGCUUUGACGUAGUGAGCCAUGAAUGGACAGAUGGUGUCCUUGCCAAUGCUUUCCGGGAGCAAGCAUCUUCAGUAUCUGAUGACCGCAAGUGGAUUAUAUUUGAUGGGCCAGUGGAUGCUGUUUGGAUUGAAAAUAUGAACACUGUUCUGGAUGACAAUAAAAAGCUAUGUUUAAUGAGUGGAGAGAUUAUUCAGAUGAGCCCCAAGAUGAGUCUGAUUUUUGAGCCAGCGGACCUUGAACAGGCCUCUCCAGCCACCGUGAGCAGGUGUGGGAUGAUCUACAUGGAGCCUCAUCAGCUAGGCUGGAAGCCCCUGAAGGAUUCGUACAUGGAGACCCUACCAUCUAGCCUCACUGAGGAGCACAAGGAAUUGGUCAAUGACAUGUUCAUGUGGCUUGUUCAGCCCUGUCUGGAAUUUGGUCGCCUUCACUGUAAAUUUGUGGUCCAAACGUCACCUAUCCACCUUGCCUUUUCAAUGAUGAGACUUUACUCCUCUCUUUUGGAUGAAAUUAAGCAAGCAGAAAAUGAGGAAACAGAAUUAUAUGAAGGCCUGUCAAGUCAGCAGAUCUUCCUCUGGCUGCAAGGACUAUUUCUCUUUUCCUUGGUGUGGACUGUGGCUGGCACCAUCAAUGCAGACAGCAGAAAGAAAUUUGAUCUGUUUUUUCGCAACUUGAUCACAGGCAUGGAUGAUAAGUACCCUAGGCCCAAAAGCGUCAAACUUACCAAAAACAACAUCUUCCCAGAAAAAGGAAGCAUCUAUGAUUUUUAUUUCCUCAAACAAGGAGGUGGACAUUGGGCCACAUGGACAGAGUACAUCACCAAAGAGGAGGAGAAUAUCCCAGCUGGGGCCAAGGUCUCAGAACUCAUUAUCCCCACAAUGGAGACAGCUCGCCAGUCCUUCUUCUUGAAAACCUACCUGGACCAUGAGAUUCCAGUGUUGUUCGUGGGUCCCACAGGCACUGGCAAAUCGGCCAUCACCAACAACUUUCUUCUCCGCCUUCCCAAAAAUAUCUACCUGCCAAAUUGCAUCAAUUUCUCUGCCAGAACCUCAGCCAAUCAGACCCAGGAUAUGAUCAUGUCCAAGCUGGAUCGACGACGAAAGGGCCUUUUUGGGCCUCCCAUAGGGAAGAAAUCAGUGGUGUUUGUGGAUGACCUUAACAUGCCAGCCAAGGAGGUAUAUGGGGCCCAGCCCCCCAUCGAGCUCCUAAGGCAAUGGAUUGACCAUGGUUACUGGUUUGACAAGAAAGACACAAACAGGCUGGAUAUUGUGGAUGUGCUACUUGUGACAGCCAUGGGGCCCCCUGGAGGAGGAAGAAAUGAUAUUACUGGACGGUUCACUCGCCAUCUGAAUAUCAUUUCCAUCGACGCCUUUGAGGAUGACAUUUUAACAAAAAUUUUUAGUUCAAUUGUUGACUGGCACUUUGGGAAAGGAUUUGAUGUGAUAUUCUUAAGGUAUGGAAAGAUGCUGGUACAAGCUACGAAGACAAUUUAUAGAGCUGCAGUGGAGAACUUCUUGCCAACUCCUUCCAAGUCACAUUAUGUCUUUAAUUUGCGGGACUUCUCCCGGGUGAUCCAAGGAGUAUUACUCUGCCCUCACACCCACCUGCAGGAUGUAGAAAAACUUAUCCGGCUUUGGAUCCAUGAAGUUUAUCGGGUCUUCUAUGACCGUCUGAUUGACAAGGAAGACAGACAGGUCUUCUUCAAUAUGGUGAAAGAAACCACCUCUAAUUGCUUCAAGCAGACUGUAGAGAAGGUCCUCAUCCACUUGUCACCCACUGGAAAGAUUGUUGAUGAUAACAUACGUAGUCUCUUCUUUGGAGAUUUCUUCAAGCCAGAAAGUGACCCCAAAAUUUAUGAUGAGAUCAUUGACCUGAAACAGCUCACUGUGGUCAUGGAGUACUAUCUGGAAGAGUUCAACAACAUCAGCAAGGCCCCCAUGUCCUUGGUCAUGUUCAAGUUUGCCAUUGAGCACAUCUCCAGGAUCUGCAGGGUCCUGAAGCAAAAUAAAGGCCACUUGCUCCUGGUGGGCAUUGGGGGCAGUGGCCGGCAGAGUGCCACCAAAUUGUCCACAUUCAUGAACUCAUAUGAGCUAUACCAGAUCGAGAUCACUAAGAACUACACAGGCAAUGACUGGCGGGAGGACCUAAAAAAGAUCAUGCUGCAGGUCGGUAUGGCCACCAAGAGUACCGUAUUCCUCUUUGCCGACAACCAGAUCAAGGAUGAGUCAUUUGUUGAGGACAUCAACAUGCUUCUGAACACAGGUGAUGUGCCCAACAUCUUCCCAGCUGAUGAGAAGGCUGACAUUGUGGAGAAGAUGCAAGUGGCAGCAAGGGCAGGAGGAGAGAAGAUCGAAGUCACUCCUCUUUCUAUGUAUAACUUCUUUAUUGAGAGGGUGAAAAAGAACCUUCACGUUGUCCUUGCCAUGAGCCCAAUUGGGGACGCCUUUCGUAACCGCCUACGGAUGUUCCCUUCGCUGAUCAAUUGCUGUACAAUUGAUUGGUUCCAGUCAUGGCCCACAGAUGCCCUGGAGCUGGUUGCCAACAAGUUUCUAGAAGAUGUGGAGCUUGAUGACAACAUUCGGACAGAGGUCGUCUCCAUGUGCAAAUAUUUUCAAGAGAGUGUAAAGAAUCUGUCACUUGAUUAUUACAGUACACUUCGCAGACAUAAUUAUGUUACCCCCACCUCUUAUCUUGAAUUGAUUCUAACCUUCAAGACCCUACUGAAUAUCAAGAGGCAAGAGGUGGAUAUGAUGAGGAACCGCUACCUGACAGGCUUGCACAAACUCGAUUUUGCAGCUUCACAGGUGGCAGUCAUGCAAGUAGAACUGACAGCCCUCCAACCUCAACUCAUCCAUACAUCAGAGGAGACUGCCAAGAUGAUGGUGAAAAUUGAAGAGGAGACCAAAGAGGCCGAUGCCAAGAAACUACUGGUGCAGGCAGAUGAGAAAGAGGCCAACGCUGCUGCUGCCAUUGCCCAGGGAAUCAAGAAUGAAUGUGAAGGGGAUCUGGCUGAGGCCAUGCCGGCACUGGAGGCUGCACUUGCAGCCCUCGACACUCUGAACCCGACUGACAUCUCAUUGGUGAAGUCGAUGCAGAACCCACCAGGCCCUGUCAAGCUGGUCAUGGAGAGCAUUUGUGUCAUGAAAGGGCUGAAGCCAGAGAGGAAGCCAGACCCCAGUGGCUCCGGCAAGAUGAUAGAAGAUUACUGGGGAGUGUCAAGAAAGAUUCUUGGAGAUCUAAAAUUCUUGGAGAGUCUUAAGACAUAUGACAAAGACAAUAUCCCCCCAAUGAUUAUGAAGCGGAUUCGGGAAAAGUUUAUCGAUCACCCAGAAUUCCAGCCAGCUGUCAUUAAAAAUGUGUCAUCUGCCUGUGAGGGUCUGUGCAAGUGGGUGAGGGCCAUGGAGGUAUACGAUCGCGUGGCCAAGGUGGUGGCUCCCAAACGAGAGAGACUGAAGGAAGCUGAGGGAAAGCUAAACAUACAGAUGCAGAAGCUGAACCAGAAACGAGCAGAGCUGAAACUGGUAGAAGACCGUCUCCAGGCCCUGAAUGAUGACUUUGAAGAGAUGAACACCAAGAAAAAGACCUUGGAGGAAAACAUUGACAUCUGUUCCCAAAAGCUGAUCAGGGCAGAGAAGCUGAUCAGUGGUCUUGGGGGAGAGAAGGACAGAUGGACAGAAGCUGCCCGACAACUGGAGGUCCGCUAUACUAACCUGACAGGGGAUGUGUUGGUGUCCUCCGGGACUGUGGCUUACCUGGGUGCCUUUACGGUAGAUUAUCGGGCCCAGUGCCAAUCUCAGUGGCUAGCCCAAUGUAAAGAAAAGGUCAUCCCUGGCUCCAGUGACUUCAGUCUUAGCAACACAUUAGGAGAUCCUGUGAAAAUCCGUGCCUGGCAAAUUGCUGGGCUUCCUGUUGACUCUUUUUCCAUUGACAAUGGCAUCAUUGUAUCCAAUUCCAGACGCUGGGCCUUAAUGAUUGACCCUCAGGGGCAGGCCAAUAAGUGGAUUAAGAACAUGGAGAAAGCAAAUAAACUGUCUAUCAUCAAGUUCUCUGAUACCAACUAUGUGAGGAUUCUGGAAAAUGCUAUACAGUUUGGUACCCCUGUGUUACUCGAAAACAUUGGAGAAGAGCUGGAUGCCUUCAUUGAACCCAUCUUACUCAAGGCUACAUUCAAGCAGCAAGGAGUUGAGUAUAUGAGGCUAGGUGAAAACAUCAUUGAGUACUCCAGGGAGUUUAAGUUAUACAUCACAACUCGAUUGAGGAACCCACAUUACCUCCCUGAAGUUGCCGUGAAAGUCUGUCUCCUCAACUUUAUGAUCACCCCCUUGGGUCUCCAAGAUCAACUCCUUGGCAUUGUGGCUGCCAAAGAAAAACCAGAACUAGAAGAGAAAAAGAAUGAGUUGAUUGUGGAAAGUGCCAAGAACAAGAAGCAACUAAAGGAGAUUGAAGAUAAGAUCUUGGAGGUUCUCUCUCAGUCUGAGGGUAACAUCCUUGAGGAUGAAACUGCCAUCAAAAUUUUGUCCUCCUCUAAAAUUCUCUCUGAAGAAAUCUCUGAGAAACAGGAAAUAGCUUCGGUGACAGAAACACAGAUUGAUGAAACUCGGAUGGGCUACAAGCCAGUGGCUAUCCACUCUGCCACCAUCUUCUUUUGUAUCUCUGACCUAGCUAACAUAGAACCAAUGUACCAGUAUUCCCUCACAUGGUUCAUAAACCUGUACAUGCAUUCCCUGGCCCAUAGCAUGAAGAGUGAAGAGCUGGAUCUGCGCAUUGGGUACAUCAUUGAGCAUUUUACCCUGAGCAUCUACAACAAUGUCUGCCGCUCUCUGUUUGAGAAGGACAAGCUGCUCUUCUCCCUCCUCCUGACCAUCGGCAUCAUAAAAGAGAAAAAGCAACUUGAUGAGGCAAUGUGGUACUUUCUUCUAACUGGAGGCGUUGCUCUGGAUAACCCCUUUCCCAACCCAGCUCCUGAAUGGCUGUCUGAGAAGGCGUGGUCAGAAGUUGUUCGAGCAUCGACAUUACCGCAACUGAAAGGCCUGAAGGAACAUUUAGAACAAAAUUCUAGUGAAUGGAAGCUCAUCUAUGACUCAGCCUGGCCCCAUGAGGAGAAAUUCCCAGGAUCUUGGAGGCUCCUUCAAGGAUUGGAGAGGAUGGUGAUUCUUCGAUGUUUGCGGCCUGAUAAGAUAAUCCCAGCUAUUCGGGAGUUCAUUGCUGAACUCAUGGGAAAGGUAUACAUCGAAGCUCCGACCUUUGAUCUGCAGGGAUCCUACAAUGAUUCUAAUUGUUGUGCACCUUUGAUUUUCGUAUUGUCUCCAGGGGCAGACCCAAUGGCAGGCCUGCUGAAGUUUGCUGAUGAUCUUGGCAUGGGAGGGGCCAGAAUACAGACCAUCUCCCUUGGCCAAGGCCAAGGCCCUAUUGCUGCCAAAAUGAUCAACAAUGCCAUAAAAGAUGGGACUUGGGUAGUUUUACAGAACUGCCAUCUAGCCACAAGCUGGAUGCCUGCAUUGGAAAAGAUUUGUGAGGAGGUGAUUGUUCCUGAGAGUACCAAUGUAAAAUUCAGACUAUGGUUAACCAGCUAUCCAUCAGAGAAGUUUCCAGUCAGCAUUCUUCAGAAUGGAAUCAAAAUGACCAAUGAACCCCCCAAAGGGCUCCGGGCCAACCUUUUGCGCUCCUACCUCAAUGACCCCAUUUCAGACCCUGUGUUCUUCCAAAGCUGCACAAAGGUGGUGAUGUGGCAAAAGCUGUUGUUUGGCCUUUGCUUCUUCCAUGCCAUUGUUCAAGAGAGGAGAAACUUUGGACCCCUAGGUUGGAAUAUCCCUUAUGAAUUCAACGAAUCUGACCUCAGGAUUAGUAUGCGGCAGAUCCAGAUGUUUCUCAAUGAGUACAAAGAGGUGCCAUUUGAUGCUCUGACUUACCUGACAGGGGAAUGUAAUUAUGGAGGUAGAGUGACUGAUGACAAAGACAGACGUCUCCUGUUGUCCCUUCUGUCCACUUUCUACUGCAAGGAAAUUGAGCAGGACCAAUACUACCUUGCUCCUGGAGACACUUACUACAUUCCUCCUCAUGGCUCCUACCAGUCCUAUAUCGACUAUCUCAGGACACUCCCUAUCACAGCCCACCCAGAAGUGUUUGGCCUCCAUGAGAAUGCUGACAUCACCAAGGACAACCAAGAAACCAACCAGCUGUUUCAAGGCGUGCUGCUAACCCUCCCAAGGCAGUCAGGAGGGAGUGGGAAGUCCCCUCAGGAAGUGGUUCAGGAGCUGGCCCAGGACAUACUCUCCAAGCUUCCCGAAGACUUUAACCUAGAAGAGGUCAUGAAUUUGUACCCUGUGGUCUAUGAGGAAUCAAUGAACACUGUCCUGAGGCAAGAACUCAUCAGAUUCAACAGGCUCACCAAAGUGGUUCGCAGAAGCCUCAUCACUAUUGGCCGAGCCAUCAAAGGGCAGGUCCUGAUGUCUUCGGAGCUAGAGGAAGUUUUUAAUAGCAUGCUUGUGGGUAAAGUGCCAGCCAUGUGGGCAGCCAAGUCCUACCCAUCCCUAAAGCCUCUGGGGGGCUAUGUGGCUGACCUGUUGACCCGCCUGACCUUCUUUCAGGAAUGGAUUGACAAGGGUCCCCCUGUGGUCUUUUGGAUCUCUGGAUUCUACUUCACACAGUCUUUUUUGACGGGUGUCUCUCAGAAUUAUUCCCGGAAAUACACCAUCCCCAUUGACCACAUUGGAUUUGAGUUUGAGGUAACAACCCAAGAAACUGUCAUGGAGACUAACCCAGAAGAUGGGGCCUACAUAAAAGGGCUUUUCUUAGAAGGUGCCCGUUGGGACAGGAAAGCGAUGCAGAUUGCAGAGUCUUUCCCCAAAAUCCUCUAUGACCCACUGCCCAUCAUUUGGCUGAAACCUGGGAAAAGUGCAACGUUUCUGCAUCAGGACAUUUACGUGUGUCCAGUCUAUAAAACAAGUGCCCGAAGGGGCAUCCUCUCCACCACAGGCCACUCUACCAACUAUGUCCUCUCCAUUGAGCUCCCAACCGAUAUGCCCCAGAAGCACUGGAUAAACCGAGGGGUAGCCUCACUGUGUCAGCUGGAUAACUGAUGACAUGUCUCAAAACAGAAAAUAAAAGGCAUUUCAUUCUUUACUAUAACCUACCUUCCUUUCUUGAGAGUCACUUGGUGUAAUGAUGAGAGUGCUAAUGACAAUAAUUACAUUAAUGGAGCAACUGCUAUUAGCCAGGUAUUUCACAGCAGCCCUAUAAAGUAGGUUAUUACUCUUAUUUUAUGGCUGCAAACUUAGAUACACUGAAAGUAAUAUCUUCCAGAUCAGAUAGUUCAAAGUAGUAUUUGAACACAGGCAGUGAGACUCAUCACCCUAGACUUUGAGUUAUUUGGCUAAGUUCUCUUGUUAUUUAUUAAUUUUUUUCCUAUUAUUUUUCUGAAACUGUCAUGAAAUUUCAAUCACUUCUUCCCUUGUCAAUCCAUUUUGAGCCCACUAUCAAGGCCUCUGAGAGACUGGAAGAGGCUCUUUAGUUAAGACCCUUCGUUAAGGCUCUUGAUAUGUUUAAAAUGUGUUACUAACAAUAAUCUCAUGCAGUAGGUAUUAUCUCUAUUUUACAGGUGCAAAAAUGGAAGUUUAGAAAACUAACUAGCCCAAAGUUCCAUGCCUCAUCAUAGAAGAACUAGGACCCAAUUGUCCCUGUACUAGCCUACACAAAUGGGCUGAAAUUUCACGAAGAAAGGGAAAGUCAGAGAACCAGUAUUUGUUGUAUGUCUAUUAGGUGCAAAGAUUUGUGUACAGGCUUUUAGAUGGCUUAUUUGACCCUAUGUUGUGGGAAUGAUUGUCUUUCCCUCUAGAAGUUCAGGGUGAUCAAGUAACUUGCUGAGGAACACUCAGCUCUUUCCCAGUACAGUCAGAUUUUGACCUGUGGUCUGGCUCCUGAACUCAUGCAUUUUUUUACUACCACAUGCUGCCUCCCUGCCAAGGACUUGACUGUGUUAUGAUGCAGAAUCUUAGAAGAGACUACACAACCAUCUAUACAACCAUGUCCAAGAAAUUUUAAUCACUUGUUUCUCUCUAAAGGCAGCUGGAUGAGAAUACUGAGAUGGAAAUCAAAUUUUGAUAUAUUACUUUUUCACUCUCUCAUGUAGUCCUUUGGUUGUAAGUGACUAGUUUCUUUCAUGGUGUUCCACUGGCCACUUCAAUAAGUAAAGAUAUAAAGGUGCUUGAGAGCCUACAUGUGUUUGCCCUGGGCUUCUCUGCCUCUUCACUAGAAAAAAACGUUCUGACUCAGGAUCUUUGAUUUUUCCUGAAUGUGGGAAGCUUCUAAGAAUCAAAUAAACAUAUUCCAGAAAAGCGCAGUUUCAGUUUUUCCGUGGUGCCGAGCAAAUUCUGACUGAAGAAUCUGGAUUCUGAGAUCAGUAAAUCAUCCCAGAGAUUAAGUGAAGGGGGAAAAGUUCCAAAUCUUGCCAAGGGACAGUAAAGAGACAGUGAGGUGGAUCCAGUCCCUGUUAGCUCAAAGCAGGUAGCUUACCAGUUACUUUUUCAAGAAAGAAACACAGUUUUUAUCCAACUUUGGGGAAAAGAAUCAGAAUGAACAGAUGGCUGGGACUGCUGUAUUGUUUAAAAUGAAAUUGUUGGGAGAUGAAAAGAUGGUCAGGAUCCCAAGUCCCUGAAUUGGAUGGGUAAGUCACAAUGUGAGCUAUAAAGGAGCUGGCACUGAGGGGAUUACUAAGAGAACAAAUGAAUUUUAAUUACAGUUAUCUAACUCCAGUUUCAGCAACAAAACGCUGAGGGAGGCAGGAACAGACUGUCUCAUUCCUCAGGGGUCAAGAGAUAGAAUGUUUUCAUGUCAUGGAUUAAGUUUUUAUAAUUUAAAAAAAUUCCUUUGCUUUGAAAAAGAAAGAUUGUCUUAAUUUGAGGUCAUUUUCUACUGGGGCCAUUGUGGUAAAUAAUGUCUCCUCCUGGGAAAAAGCAAUAUGCUCUUCAGAAAUCGUGGUGAGUUAGAGGCUGGCAUUCUGAAGCAGAGAUGGCCAGAGAUCAGCUCAGUGAGAAGCUGCAGGACCUGCCUAUAAAUAGCUCAGCAGAUGACAUCAGACAAAGCUUGUCAUCAAACUAGUCCUUGCUCUUUAAAAAUCUAGCUAUUAGGUAAGCGGUUCUGUUCAGAUCUUGUCUAUAUUAGAAGAAAAUGCCACUGAAGGAGAGGAUAUAAGGAAGGUAGUAGGUCCUACCUUUAAAAGACUGAAGGGGAUUUGUAUAGUCAUGGAGAGAAAAUGGGGGGGUACUAUUAAAACACAAAUUCUAUGGAAGAUUUGAUAGCAUAUUGACGGUUUUUUUUUAAUGUAUCGGGGCUAGUGAGGUGGUGU